AAGAACAUGGCACUGAUAGUCGUGCUGCUAACGAGGCCGAUGCUAUACGCCAUAGGACAUCCGCCGCAUAUCAACACCAAGCGCUCCGCCGCGCGUACGGGUUUCAGUGAGAAGGGCGACGAGAACCUGUAGAGGAGUUAGCAGUCGUCUCGGCGGCCGGCAUGGUGGCCGUGCAGCUGGGCGCUCUGCUCCUGGCGCUUCUGCUCGCGCUGUGGCGCCUCGCGUGGCGGCCGCGCGCCGUGGCGCGGUCGUUCGCGCAGCAGGGGGUCCGGGGCCCGGCCUACAGGUUCCUGGCCGGGUCCCUGCCGGAGGCGAAGCGGCUGCUGCUGGCCGGCCGGAUCGGGGUGGCGCCCCUCGACGCCGGCUGCCAUGACAUCAUGCCGAUCCUGCUGCCGCAGUUCCACAGAUGGGUCGCCGACUAUGGGAGAACAUUUCUGUUCUGGAUCGGUCCAAUUCCCGCUCUGUUCUCUACUGAUCUACAGCUGAUUAAGCAAGUGCUCACGGACAGGACGGGCCUGUACCAGAAGGACUUCAUGAUCCCCGUCCUGAAAUUUCUCUUCGGCAACGGGGUCAUACUGAUAAACGGAGACGACUGGAAACGGCACCGGAAAGUGGUUCUUCCGGCUUUCAACCACGAGAAGAUCAAGAGCAUGUCGGCGGUGACAGCGGAGGUCACCAAGCAGAUGAUGCAGCAAUGGCGCGAGCAGUUAGGCCAGAGCGGCGGCAAGGAAGAAGCGGAGAUAGACAUGAUCCUCGCCUUCAACGACCUGACGGCAAAGAUCAACGGCCGCGUCGCCUUCGGCACGAGCCACGAGGACGUCGAGGAGGUCAUCGUCUUGAUGCGGGAGAUGCAGAAGCACGCCACUGCGGCCACGCUCGAUGCUCCAAUCCUCUGGUAUCUGCCGACUCGGCGUAACCUGCACGUUCGACGUCUGAACAAGCAGCUGAGGAGCAAGAUCAUGUCGAUCAUGCAGGCGCGACUGGCCGCCAAGGGAGCCAAGUCCGGCGCCGGCGAUGCCGCCGGCUGCGGGGACGACCUGCUCGGGCUGUUGCUGGAGGCGUGGACGCCGCAGCGGCGAGGGAGCGCCGAGACGCUGACGGCCGACGAGGUGAUCGACGAGUGCAAGACCUUCUUCGCCGCGGGGCAGGAGACCACGGCCACCCUCCUCGUCUGGGCCAUGUUCCUGCUCGCCGUGCACCCGCAGUGGCAGGACAGGGUCAGGGAGGAGGUCCUCCGCGAAUUCCGCGGCGGCGACGGCGAGGCCCCCAGCGCCGAUGUCCUCGGCCAACUGAAGCUGCUCCACAUGGUUCUUCUCGAGACGUCACGCCUCUACCCGCCGAUCGUGUACAUCCAACGGAGGGCCGCCAUGGACGUCGAGCUAGCAGGAAUCAAGGUGCCCCAAGGGACGGUGAUAUCGAUCCCCAUCGCCAUGCUGCACCGGGAUAAGGAGGUCUGGGGCCCCGACGCCGACGAGUUCAACCCCAUGAGGUUCGAGCACGGCGCCACCAAGGCGGCCAAAGACCCCAAGGCGCUGCUGUCUUUCUCCCUGGGGCCGAGAGUAUGCACCGGCCAGAACUUCGGCAUCGUAGAGGUGCAGGUUGCCAUGGCGAUGAUCCUCAGGAAGUUCUCCUUCUCCCUCUCCUCGAAGUAUGUUCAUAAGCCGAAAUAUCUCCUGUCCUUGACCCCCAAGCUUGGGAUGCCGCUCAUCGUGAAGAAUAUAGAUGGGUGACAAUGGUUGUAAAACCUCCUUGUAGGGUGUGAGAAUAAAUAUAUGGUUACAUUGUGUGAUGAA